AUGAGAAAGUUACAACAACAGCGUGCUUUAGCAGCCGUUAAGAGAGAAACAGAUGCUCACGCUCAGGAUAUGCUCAAUAGGAGUCUAGCAAAUUUUCAUAUUUUAGCAACUACAGCUGCAGACCCUAAUCUAGAGCAACUCAUAACACCCCAACCAUUACCCUUGUUUCCCACACAACCAAUGGAUAUUGAAGCCAACCCAGAAAACCAAAUUCAAAUGCAUGAUUUUGACCCAGCAGAGAUACCUAGAGUGCCAGCACCCAAUCCCUUAGACCCAAACUACGAUCCGUGGUUUGACGACCAAAGGGAUUACCAGCAACGCUACCCAAUACCAGAAGACGAACCCAUGCCAAAUCUACCAGCUUACCCAGAUCUAGACCCUCUAGACCCCUAUUAUGAUAAUGAUCAAUACAUUAGGGAAAUUGUAGAGAAUCCUUACCCUUACCAAGAACCCAUGCCCCAGUUCCCAAACCCAGUACCAGCCCCUGCACCCCCAAUUAGUGCAGAAAAUGUGCAAGAACUCUAA